UCCGCCCCGGCUGAUCGUGCCUGCGAAUGCUUGGAAUUGUUGUGAUGGGAGGCCGCAGCCAUCUUGGACCGAGCUCCAACGGUCGACGGUAACAGUGGAGCAGCCAGCCAGCUAGUUAACGUUAGCUGCUGCCCGGAGAGAUUAACCACGACCUGCGUCGCCUUGUAUUGCGACUAUGCUUUAUGUGCGCUGUUUUGUGUAGUUCGUCGACGACUUGCGUGCACAAAAAUGGGAACAAGUAGUUUUAAACGUCUUGCGGCUAUAGUUUAGGAGAGAGGGCGGAGGCGUUGCUGAUCCUCGGUGUAUUUUUUUUUACAUUUCUGGAUAGAGGAGUUACUAUGAAUGGAGGAUAAAUGUUGCCGAAGGCUGACAGCAGCAGUUUCGUCCUCCUCUUCUCUCUCCUCUUCGUCCUCACGCUAACGGACCCACCACGGACAGGUCCUCGGCUAGCUCUGGCAAGAUUAUUGUCAGAGCAGCGCUGCAGCCCUGGGCAGUUCGCUUGCCGCAGCGGGAAGAUGCAGUGUAUCCCGAUGUCCUGGCAGUGUGACGGCUGGAUAGCAUGCGAGGACAAAAGCGACGAGAUGGACUGUCCCCUUAUAAAGGAGGAGAGGUUUCGUUUUGAGAAUGGAUACGAUCACGAAGAAGAUGUCGGUGUGGCUCAGCCUGUACGCUUCAACAAGAAAUGUCCCAGCGGGUGGCAUCACUACGAGAAGACAGCCAGCUGCUACAAAGUGUACCUGAAGAACGAGAACUACUGGCAGGCUGUGGACACGUGCCAGAAGGUUAACGGCUCUUUGGCGACAUUUGUGACCAGCGAGGAGCUCCAGUUCAUACUGAAGAUUGAGGUUGACUUUGAUGACAAAGUGUGUGAGCGUAAAGACCAGUGCAAGUUUUGGGUUGGAUAUCAGUAUGUGAUCACCAACCGAAGUCACACUUUGGAGGGCCGUUGGGAAGUGGCGUACAAAGGGUCCACACAGGUGUUUCUGCCACCUGAAAGUCUGGCGAAGUUCGGGGAGACUUCUCCAUCUCAGGACAACGUCUUCUGCGCCCAGCUGCAACGCUUUCAGAUCAAGAGCAUGAAUGAACGAGGCCUGCACAGCUGGCACGCUGAGAACUGCUACAAGAAGUUCCCCUUCCUGUGCAAGAGAAGGCAAACAUGCGUGGACAUAAAAGACAAUGUUGUAAAUGAGGGCUACUACUUCACCCCGAAGGGAGACGACCCGUGUCUGAGCUGCACAUGUCAUGAUGGCGAGCCGGAGAUGUGCGUGGCUGCGCUGUGUGAGCGGCCGCAGGGCUGCAAUCACUUUCGAAAGGACCCCAAAGAGUGCUGCAAGUUCACCUGCCUGGAUCCCGAUGGAAGCAGUCUAUUCGAUUCGAUGGCUAGUGGGAUGAGACUGAUCGUCAGCUGCAUCUCGUCCUUCCUCAUCCUGUCGCUGCUGCUCUUCAUGGUGCACAGACUUCGUCAGAGAAGACGUGAACGCAUCGAAACGCUGAUCGGCGGCAACUUGCACCACUUCAACCUUGGAAGACGAGUCCCGGGCUUCGACUAUGGCCCAGAUGCCUUUGGCACCGGUCUCACUCCUCUGCAUCUGUCUGAUGAUGGAGAGGGAGGUGCUUUUCAUUUCCAGGAGCCUCCUCCGCCGUACGCCGCUUACAAGUACCCUGACAUCCAGCACCCAGAUGACCCCCCUCCACCAUACGAAGCCUCCAUUAACCCAGACACCUUUCUCUACGUUGACUUCGGACACGGUGGAGUUUCUGUGGUGCCGAGCCAGAUGAACACAAGGAGGGACGGGCUCCAGGUCGAACCUCCCAGCUCCCCUGGUCCAGUGCCAGAUUCGAUGCCAUCCUCUCAAGAGAGGGAGGACUCCAUAGAUAGCAGCACCCUCCUGGUGGGACCUGACACACCAACAGAUGGCCACGCCCCCGCUCCUCUGCCUCCAGACUGCACGUCCUCCCUCAGCACUGUUGUAUAGGAGCGAGGCGAGGGGGGGAGCUGCACCCGGGCAUUACUUGUUGGUUCAGGAGGUAUAACUGCAGACUGUUAAUGUUGGCUGCAAGGAGGAGACCUAUAGUUUGUACAGACGUACGAGGAGGAGUGCCUACUGCUUUCUUACAGUGGGGGCUUCUUCCUGAAGACACUCUUCAAGGGUUUUUUUUUUGAAGACACUGGCAUCUGAGGGACCAGCAAGGACUGAUUUGCCACACAAAACAAAAACAUCCCAAUAAGUUGACAUGGCUGCACACUGACUAAGCAGCAGCUUAAUUGGGUGAGAGUCUGCUCUAAAUACCCUCUGAGGAUCAGACUUUAUAAGACCUGUUUCAGUCCCGCUCAGAGUGAAACAACGAACCCAGCUUUUGUUGCUUGUACGGCUUUUGUUUGCGUCACGCUUUGAAACUGCAGCGUCUUUAUUGAUCUCCAAGCUACUAUAAACAUCCACAGUCUGCCGUACCGUGACCCAGAGCCUAUUGAAACUUUCAACUUCCCCUUCGUUUUUACAAUCCGAUCUAAGCAGCUGUCUUCCAGAUUUAUAGCGCAGAUUUGCAGAACAAGAUAUUUUAUAGCUCAGAGGUUAACUUUAAAGAAGGUGUUGAAAGUUUAACUUUGUCGGGUUUUUAUCGGCUGACAAAAAAGCUUUAGGUAUCAGAAGACUGUGGUGAUGUGGGUUAUUGUCAGUUAGGUGUUGUGUUCUGUUUAUUCUUAAUUUAUGACUGCAGUUUGCUUGUUGGAAACAUGUAAGCUGAUUUAGAUUUUGACCAAUGAUGCGAUGAAGACCUGGUUGUUGUAUGGGUAAAAAUUAGAGAUAAAAGAGUUUAAAUUUAUAAAAAAGGAGAAAAAAUGAUUUCAUUCACCGCUCCAAUCAUGAAUUAAGUCAUGUUAAUAUUCAAAUGAUGUAUUAUUUGUUGGUAAACUGUCUCAAAACUCUGUACAGUCUUUACGCUUUGAUUGAUUUGCUGCCUCUCCAUCCCAGUGUCCCAACCAGGCGUGGGCUGGAUGAGUCCGGAAAACAUUUGAUUUUCCAGACUGUUCUUCGCUAUAUUAUCUAAAAUAUAAAAAUCUAUAAAAAAAAAUAGAAAUCAAAACAUGUGGUUCUUAAAGUUGGAUUAAAAGCUUUAAUUUAAAGAUUCUAUAUUUAAAACACAAACAAAACCAUACAUGUCUUUUUGUUACAUAUUUUGUUUAGGUUUCAAAAAUGUGAAAUAGCCCUUUUACCACACUGCUGAAUCAUAACCCAACUUCAGUGUAGUGCAAAUAAUUAAAUCCAACCAGGUCAAUAUUUUGUACUGAAAUAUCCAGCUUGUUAUGAAACGUGCUGGAAAAUAAUCUAGAUUUGAGUCAGGAGAAGGGUGGAAUAUUAAAACAUAAAAAUUGUAGCAACAAUGAGUAUAGAACAUCCUUGCUUUUUGCCAGGUAUAAAAAACUGAUAUCAGCUGGUUAAUUAGUUGGGCUCUCUAGUCAUGUAGCUAGCCUGCAGUCCGCUGCUUGCCAACUGAAAUGUUUCCAAACAGCCAGAUUUCUCAUUCUUAUAAGCUAAGGACAAGUUUAGUAACCUGUCAGCUAAGCUGGGGUGUGGAGCAAUGAUUCUCUGAUCCACACCUCCAAACAAAGCUCCAUCUCCUACUUUAAACCAGUAACCAGCCCAGGCCUUGGUUGGACCUGUGUGCAGAACAUCUGUGAGUGAAGUUAAGGAAGCUAUCACAAGCUGAUGGAGAUGUUUCUUCAAAACUUUUUUUUUUUCUGCUCUUUUUCUCACUUUGAAUGAAAUGUAUAAUAAAAAUUGUGAGUUUGGAGCAAGCAAGACACCAAUCGAUGGCAUCCUUGAUUCAUUCGAGGAGGGAUUUGACGUGUUUUUGCAUCGGGGAGGUUCCUCCACCACCAGCAGCAGCAUCCAAACAACCCAAAAAUGGCUCAAAAUGUGUCUGACUGCACAUCUCAUGUUUGAAUGUACUGAAUCUAUAAUACAUGACUUGUUGUGCUCAUCUUUAAACUCA